AGAAUGGCUAGCAUCGGGAAAAUAGAUGUGUUUGAUGACACGCAAGAAAACUGGGCAACUUACAUUGAACGACUGGAACAGUACUUCAUUGCAAACGACAUUGCUGAUAACAAGAGAGUACCAGCGUUGUUGAGUUUAAUUGGCCCAAAAACGUACAGUUUGCUAAGAGAUCUGACUGCCCCUCUGAAGCCCUCAAAUCAAACAUUCACAGAGAUUGUGGAGAUAUUGCAAAAUCACCUAAACCACUCCUCAUCGCGGAACGUUUUCGUUUCCACAAGAGAGAUCAGAAUGAGGGGGAGGGUGUUAGUACAUAUGUAGCAGAGUUGAAGAAACUGUCUGAACAUUGCCAGUUUGGAGAGAACCUAAAUGACACAUUAAGGGAUAGAUUUGUUUGUGGACUGAAACAUGAACACAUUCAAACACGUGUAAAAACGUUUGCUCACAGAAUCAGAUAUCACGUUUGCAAAGGCUGUUGAAAUUGCUGUGACUAUGGAAAUCGCGACUAAAGAUGCAUUUGAGUUGCAAAGUAAAAUAAAUACUGACCUAUCACAAACUAACCUGCACAAGUUUUCACGCAGCCGACAGCGCCCACGUGUGGCCGAAAAAUGCAACAGGUGUGACGGAGAUGGUCACAGAGCAGAGGACUGCCGUUUCAAAGACGAAAUUUGUCACAAAUGCAGUAGAAGGGGACACAUUCAAAGAGCACGCAGAGCAAAAUUCAGUCACAACAGGAAAACUGAGAAAAUGAAAGGGUCUGUGAAUGCACUAGCAGAGAACAGUGGCAGUGAUUCAGAUGAACAAUGAAUUGGUACAAUGGAGUUAAACACAGUGACUUCUCCCAGCAGUAGCAUAAUAUGGGUGACACCAGAUAUCGAAGGCAAACCCCUCAAAAUGGAGCUGGACACAGGAUCUGCAGUGUCUAUAAUUUCCACUACUGUCUACAAUGAGCACUUCAAGGCUAUCAAGCUGAAGAACACAAAUGUGUUGCUGAAGACCUACUCAGGAGAGCGAUUGAGCCCAAUGGGGGCGUUGCAGGUCAGAGUGCGGUAUGGGGGGCAAACACAGCAGUUACAGCUGUAUGUGGUGCCUGGAACUUGCCCACCAUUAUUUGGCAGGGAAUGGCUUUCAAAAAUGAAGCUGAACUGGUGUGACUUGAAAAUGCUCCACACGUUCCAGUCCAAAGAGAAAGGCACCGACCAAACACUGGAACACUUGUGAAAGAAAUACAACACAUUGUUCAGUGAUCAGAUGGGAACAGUAAAAGGCUUCACAGCCAAACUUGUACUGAGAGAUGACGCAACCCCAAAAUUCUGCAAAGCCAGAUCUGUUCCAUACUCCCUGAGACCAAAGGUGGAAGCGGAAAUCGAUCGCUUGCAGGAUACAGGGAUCCUGACGAAAGUGGACAGAAGCGAAUGGGCCACACCCAUAGUUCCUAUUGUGAAGAAAGACGGGUCUGUUAGAAUGUGUGGGGGCUUCAAGGUAACUGUGAAUUCAAUGUUGCAUGUGGACCAAUACCCCCCUGCCACGCCUGGAUGACAUCUUUGCUGCACUAGCUGGUGGGAAACACUUUAGUAAAAUCGAUCUGAAACAGGCUUACCUGUAGCUACCGGUUGAAGAGAGCUCCAAACAGUACCUGACAAUGAACACACACAAAGGUCUAUACAGGUAUAACCGCCUGGUUUUUGGCAUUGCAUCGGCCCCAUCCAUUUGGCAACGAACUAUUGACCAGAUUUUGCAAGGAAUCCCAGGAACCCAGUGUAUCCUGGAUGACCUGAUCAUAACAGGACGCACCGACAAAGAGCACCUGGCUAACCUGGAAGAGGUCCUGAAAAGACUGAAAGAGUAUGGUCUACAGGCAAACUUACAGAAGUGUGAGUUCUUCAAAGACAAGAUUGUCUUCUGUGGACAUGAAAUCGACCGCAAUGGAUUGCACAAAACACAGGACAAAAUCGAGGCAGUGGUACAGGCACCACGACCACAAAAUAUCACAGAAGUGAGAUCUUUCACUGGACUGAUCAAUUACUACAGAAGAUUCCUCCCAAACCUUUCAGCAGUACUCCAGCCUCUAAAUCAGCUCCUGGAAAAGAAUAGGACAUGGCGGUGGACAGAACAGUGUGAAACUGCAUUUCUUGAGGCAAAACGGCUCAUCACAUCUGAACAGGUCCUGAUGCAUUACGACCCUGAACUGCCAGUGAAGUUGGCUUGUGAUGCGUCCCCUUAUGGCUGCGGGGCCGUCCUUUCACACACACUGAAAGAUGGGUCAGAGAGGCCAGUUGCAUUUGCGUCACGAACGUUGAAUGAUGCAGAGAAACUACUCACAAAUCGACAAAGAAGCACUGGCGCUAGUGUGGGGCGUCAAGACACUCCACGCAUACCUAUAUGGCAAGCGUUUCUCUGGUUACGGAUCACCAGCCGUUGCUUUCCAUUUUCAGUCCAAAGAAAGGCAUUCUGGGAAUGCCAGCAGCCAGGUUACAGCGAUACGCCUUGUUCCUCCCAGUCAUAUGAAUGACAGCAGCCAGGUUACAGCGAUAUGCCUUGUUCCUCCCAGUCAUAUGAAUGACAGCAGCCAGGUUACAGCGAUAUGCCUUGUUCCUCCCAGUCAUAUGUAUGACAGCAGCCAGGUUACAGCGAUAUGCCUUGUUCCUCCCAGUCAUAUGUAUGUCACUGAGUUUAAGCCGUCGUCCCUCCACACAAAUGCAGAUGGAUUAUCCAGACUGCCGUGUACAAGAGAAAGACAAAGGAGUGUGGAUGCAGUGGACAUUUUCCAUACCGCUCAGCUCGAGGCACUACCGGUCACAAGCACAGUUAUCAAACAGGAGACAAGGAAAGAUGUGACCUUGUCAAAAGUGUUCACCUACACCAUGUCAGGAUGGCCAGCUACAGGCAGAGAGGAGCUGACUCCGUAUUUCCAGCGGAGAAAGGAAAUUACAACGUACCAAGGAUGUUUGAUGUGGGGAAUGAGAGUCAUGAUACCCCAGAAAUGCCAACAUCAGGUUUUGCAGCAACUACAAGAAGAUACAGAGCUGUGAAACCCUGUCUGCAGAUGAAGAGCAAUGGUUCCCAGUCCUGUUCCUGGGGUGCACAUUUUUAUUUUUGCCUUAGCUGAUUCAAAUGAUCAAGUCAUCAUCAAGCUUCAAGUGAUGCCUUGCAACUUGAGAUUUCUUCAAAACGAUUGCCUACAGUCACUGUGUAGGGCACUGCACAGUUGGGUGACCAGGGCCACCUGGUCUCGUGGGGGAUUUCAGGCAUCUGUGAAGGCUACCUGUGUCCUGCAUAACUUCAUGAUGAUGAACAGGAGGGGACCUGCAGCUCUCCACCAUGUGCCAGAGGAGGGGACCUGCAGCUCUCCACCAUGUGCCAGAGGAGGGGACCUGCAGCUCUCCACCAUGUGCCAGAGGAGAGGUCUGCUGCUCUCCAUCAUGUGCCAGAGGAGAGGUCUGCUGCUCUCCACCAUGUGCCAGAGGAGAGGUCUGCUGCUCCCCAUCAUGUGCCAGAGGAGAGGUCUGCUGCUCUCCACCAUGUGCCAGAGGAGAGGUCUGCUGCUCUCCACCAUGUGCCAGAGGAGAGGUCUGCUGCUCCCCAUCAUGUGCCAGAGGAGAGGUCUGCUGCUCUCCACCAUGUGCCAGAGGAGAGGUCUGCUGCUCUCCACCAUGUGCCAGAGGAGAGGUCUGCUGCUCUCCACCAUGUGCCAGAGGAGAGGUCUGCUGCUCUCCACCAUGUGCCAGAGGAGAGGUCUGCUGCUCUCCACCAUGUGCCAGAGGAGAGGUCUGCAGAUCUCCACCAUGUGCCAGAGGAGAGGUCUGCUGCUCUCCAGCAUGUGCCAGAGGAGAGGUCUGCUGCUCUCCACCAUGUGCCAGAGGAGGGGACCUGCAGCUCUCCACAAUGUGCCAGAGGAGAGGACUGCUGCUCUCCACCAUGCGCCAGAGGAGAGGUCUGCUGCUCACCACCAUGUGCCAGAGGAGAGGUCUGCUGCUCUCCACCAUGUGCCAGAGGAGAGGUCUGCUGCUCUGCAGGAUGUUGCCAGGAUGGGGGCCAACAACGCAGCACAGGAGGCAAUCUGUGCAGGAGACCUUCACCUCCUACUUCUUCAAAGAGGAUGCUGUUCCCUGGCAACACCAGACUACACUAUGCACAACCAAAGGCUCUUUUAAGAGCCAUCCACAUUGCAAUAAGUGUAUUCUUCCAUUUACUUAGCUAUGUCAACUGCAGUUAUUCAAUAAGUCUCUGACUUAUUUUCUCUAAGUCUCCUUCACUCCAUCCCUUUCUCCCGUAAUCCUCUAGGUCAGUGGUUCCCAAACUUUUUAUAGUCCUGUACCCCUUCAAACAUUCAACCUCCAGCUGUACCCCCUCUAGCACCAGGGUCAGCACACUCUCAAAUGUUU